AAAAUUUAUUGAAACAAACAAAGUUAAACCAUUAAUUGAUACAGUUUUUGAUUGGAGAAAAGAUGGUGUAGAAGCAUUAUAUUCACUAUAUGAAAAAUCUAAAAGUGGAAAAGCACAAGGAAAAUUAAUUCUUAAAAUAGCUGAUGAAGAAUAA